CUAAGUUGUACAAGGGAAACUCUAGAAGUGGGUGUAUUACUGUUAAGAGAGCUCCCUUUCUGCGUUGGGGCUUUAUAAGACUGUAGUCAUCACUCCUAGUUAAGGUGCACAUACCUCCCUCAGGGACUGCUCAGUCUAGGGGACUGGAGGGUGAUCAGGAGAAAGAAAAGAAAGAGAAUUGUGCUGCUUCAAAUAAUCAGCAGUUUGUCCUAGAACCAGGGCAUUCAAGGUUUCUGUUCCUGGACACCAGAUGCCUGAGUCCUGCGAUAUUUAGAUGGAAGAGUGGGAAGACUUUGGGAGCCAACUCGACAAGCUGUUCUCUCUCUCUAGCAGCCUCAGCCUCUUCUAGGCAGACCUUCAGCGCUUUAGUCCUAGUGUGGCUCAUUGGAGCACGGGGAAGCCGGAGCGGGUCUGUGAAGGAACAACAUCAGGACUUACCAACAUGAACAGUAGCAGUGAGCCGUUCGGGGCCCGGUCUGAGCCAGGCUGGUCAGAAGAAGAGCUGCAGGAAAUGCUGUGGUUUUACCGGACAGAGGACUCAACACCAUGGAAUAUUGCUGUCCUCGCCCUUGCAUCUGUGGUAUUUGUCCUGAAUGUCUUCCUUCUAAGUAGAAAUAUCAUGGCAAGAAGAAAUCGGAAGAUGAAUUCCCAGGAUAAACAAGCAGUGGAAACCAAAUCCUCUUUUGAGAUUGUGACCAACAAGGAGGGCUCUGUGUCACAGAAGGAUGAUAACAGCUUGGAUAUUUUAAAGGAAAAAUUGUUCUCCCAAAACCAAAACCCAGAACAGGAAAUGACUGAAUUGAAAGAAACAGCUGCUACAGUUAUUUCCCCAGAGUCAUCAGAAGAAGUGAGAUUAUGGAGAACUGAAACAUGA